CAUAACUUGGCCGUGUUACAUCAGUAUAUCCUUGAUCCUUCUGCGUACGUACAAUAACCUCAAUCACGUAUAUAUAUUUAGAUAUAUCAUCAAGUGUCCAUAACUCGAGAUCUAAUAGACUAAAAGAAAAACAUGGUGGAAGUCGAAGAAUUGGAAACACUUAGUCCAACCGAGGACGAGGAAGAAGAAGAAAUAAGCUAUGAUGACCUCAAAAGACGCAUGUGGAAAGACCGAAACCUCAUGGAAAAGUUGAAGCAACAGAAAGGACACUACAACGACGUCGUUUCAUUGUCAACGCACCGAGCGGAAGCUUCACGGCGCAAGAAGAUGGCUCGUUCGCAGGACUCGGUGUUGAAGUACAUGAUGAAGAUCAUGGAGGUGUGUAAGGCGAAAGGGUUUGUCUACGGAAUCGUACCGGAAAAGGGUAAACCAAUAACCGGUUCGUCCGAUAGUCUGAGACGUUGGUGGAAAGAAAACGUUCAGUUCGAACAAAACGCUCCAGACGCUAUCACAGAAUACUUAACACUUGCUGCGGCAGAGCUUAUUGAUAAGUCAUCAUCAUCGAGCUUCUUACACAUGUUACAAGAUCUACAAGACACGACUCUUGGGUCGUUACUGUCUGCGUUAAUGCAACACUGCAUGCCCCCACAGCGGCGGUUUCCCUUAGAGAAAGGAAUUGCGCCGCCGUGGUGGCCGACGGGGUCAGAGCUUUGGUGGGGAGAGCAAGGAGCGGCACAUGAGCAUGGUGCGCCGCCAUAUCGAAAGCCCCAUGAUUUGAGGAAAUCUUGGAAAGUUAGUGUUCUCGCGGCUGUAAUCAAACACAUGUCGCCGAAUUUGGGAAGAGUGCGACGUCUCGCGAGGCAAUCUAAAAGUUUGCAAGAUAAAAUGAUGGCUAAAGAGACCGAUACUUGGUCUCGUGUCUUAAACCAAGAAGAGGCUCUUCUCAAUAUUCAAGACCUCAAGAUCUCCGAAGAUAGAGAUCAAGAAGCGUCGGGGUCUAAGAGAAAAGGUGAGUUGAUGGAACCGUCUAAGAGUGUUUACACUUGCCAAAACUCGAGUUGUCCUAAAAGUGAUGUGAGUUUUGGUUUCGGAGACAAGAACUCGAGAACGGGUCACCAGAUACAAUGUCUAUACGGGUCGACCCAAGAGCUGAGCCAGAGCAUGGGAGAUAUAACGUCCAUGCUUGAAACGACUCCAAGUAUUGUUACUAAUUCGACUAGUGAAGAUGAUUACCACAGUGUGAGCUCGACUGCAAUGGACAAGCGAGAUGAUGAUCAUCAUAUCAUUAAUGGGAAUUGGAUGGAUUAUUUUUGGUUAGAGAAGAUGCAGAACGAAUUACAUUGCUCUAGGAGUAUUGAAGAUGAUGAUAAUGAUGGAACUGGAACGGAUUUGAACCAAUUUUCAGAAUCUGAUCAAUCGGACAACGUGAACCAGAGUACAUUUUCAGUUUGGGACAUGGUUUGAAAGACAAAAACAUAUAUAUGUCCGAUUAUUAGUUAAGCUUGUUACUUUACAUGUACCUUAAGUCAGAACAUUUCUGCAUGUACUUGUAUUCUCUAGUUUCAUCUAUCUACCUUACAAUACAAUAUAAUAAUUUCUAGA